AUGCGCUCAUCAGUGAGCUAUAUACUAUCUCACGCGCCCGGAGAGUCUGUGAUGUCGCACCCAGACUACGCGCAACACGCCCAGCAUCACGCUUGCUUGUUGGUGCUCGUAAAGGGGAUUGGGGGCGUAUUAAAAAACUUCAACAAACUCUGGGAACGGAUACAGCGUGUCAACAAUAUCAAAGUUACUGAUUCUACAGGUCAAGUAAGGGACAUUUGGGUGAGAUAUGUUAGAGAUUAUCCAGUAGAAAAUAAUGAUUGGGGUGACUUUCAAACUCACAGGAGACUUCUAGGUCUAAUAAGUCUUAGCAAAUUUGCUAAUCAAAUAGAACUGAAUGAAGUCUGUAGAGUACAUGAGUCUUUGAAAGUCAAGUAUUCAAAUACAUUAUAUGAUUCUCGAGCUUUCAUGUUUGGACCUGGCAGUAACUUAAAGAAGCCUGAGCAAGAACCUGAAACUUACAGUGUCUAUGAAGAAAAUAAGCCAAAAGAAAAAACCAGUUUAAGUGACAAGAUAUCUCUACCAAGUGAACAAACAGACAGUCUGUCGUCAUGUGAAAGUUUUCCUAGAUCUUCUUCAUCCAAUGCCUCUUAUCCAGUCCAAGAGGAAAAUUUCACUACACCAUCUAAUUUCAAAACCCAUGGUUUAUUUUAUGGGGAAAAUGAUCCAGUGCCAGAUCUUGAGCAACAUGUGGCUGAUCUUAUUAAUUCAUUAUUUUGGGUAGUUGAAUCUAAAAGAUUAGAAAGGUCUAGAGAAAAGUUGGAGAAAGUAUCUUUACUUUUGGCGCCAUUUGAAAAAAGAGACUUUGUAGGUCUCGAUAUGGAAUCUCGUAACAAUAAAAAACGUUGUAUGGGUCGUGUUACUAAAAACCUGGCAGAUUUGACACUACAAGCAGGUCUUAUUCCUGAAGCGUUAAAUUUAUAUCAUUCCUCGGCAGAAAUACUUAAAUCUGUUAAUGAUUGGCUAUGGCUUGCCGCAGCCAAAGAAGGUCACUGUGCAACAUCCGCGAUACUUCAGUACCCCUCUCUACGAAGCUCUACCCCCUUACAACGUAACGCUAGUCUCCAAGAGAGUUCACCAAACAAAGCCAAACUUUUAUCCCUAUACCAACCAAAUACAGACCCAUUCAGAAAAUUCAAACAACACUCAUCCCCAUUGAGAUCUUCCAAAACGUCUAGUCCAGUUAACCCUCCCAGUGAACUAACCCCAUCUUCCUCUGAUAGUGUGGAAACUUCCUCCCGUCAAUCUGAAACAGAUAACGCAGAUUCUGAAUCGCUAGCAUCAUCCAGUGAUAUAGAUUACCAAAGUCAAAAAUCCUAUCUAAGUCCCGAUCUUCCCUCCAUUCCAAGGCAACCGCCAUCCCAAAUAAACAAUCAAUAUCUAUUGGGUGGAGAGGAAAUAGCUGACAAGUAUCGAAAAGCUAUAAUACACUAUAGCAAGUAUCAGAAUGCUGGUAUAAUAGAAACGGAGGCAUGUUUCAAGGCGGCCCGGAUAGCGGUAGAACAAAACAACAGCUUGCACGCGUCGAGUUUUCUACAAAAUGUUAUAUUUAUCAAUUUGACGCUCAGCGAGCAAGAGAAGAUUCAGAGAUUUGAUACUCUGGCAGAAUUAUAUAAGGAAAUAGGGUUCCUUCGCAAGGCAGCCUUCUGCCAGCGCCUGGCGGCCACGCGGCAGGUCAGCGCGAAUAACCCCAACCCAGACUGGCAGAGGUGCUACUACCUCAUGCUGCACAGCUUCCCCGGACACAAGCUUAGCCUCGACCCCAGCUAUGUGAUACAGCAUCAAGUUGGUUGGCCAGCCCUGCAGAUCCAGCUGCUGCAGGAGCUGGUGGUGGCGGCGCGGCGCAUGGGCCACCCGGCGCUCGCCACGCGACACAUGACCUUCCUGCUGCAGGCCAUGUGGCCGCACCUCUCGCGGCAGGAGCAUCGCGACAUGGCUAUACAACUGCAGGCUCUCUCUGCCCAAUGCGAAGGUGGUCCAGUACCACUUGUGCUAGAGACAGGGGAAGUGAUACCACCAGCUAACCUCACACAUGUACCAAGUUGUUCCUUCUUCACCCCACGACCCCUUCCUCCGCCAAGGACCCCUCAUCUCAUCAAGUCCAAGUCCAAUCAAGGACCCUUCAUCUUCACUCCCAUACAUUUUGGCAGUCUCGAAAGAAAGAGUAAGAGGGAUGAAGGCAAAAUGGAAUACCUCUGGGUAGAAGAUGAUAUAUGCGAAGUUCAAAUGAAACUAACAAAUCCUUUGCCGUUUGAGCUAAAAGUGUCAAACAUGAGACUGCUAACAUCAGGCGUAGUCUUCGAAUCUAUACCAGAAACUAUAAUACUGCCCCCGGAUUCACCCACCACAGUGAACUUGCACGGAACACCAAAGGAAGUUGGGGAAUUACAAAUUUUGGGGUAUUCCACCCAUACAUUGGGGGUUAAGUCGAAUUGCAGACUAAAGAAUAUGCCAAGUCCUAACAAGUUUCCAGCUUCAUACACUAUUGAAGUGAUACCCAGCUUGCCGACCAUCACAAUUGAAACCACUUUAUCCCUAUCUGGCCACGUCAAUCUGUCGAAUCCGGAAUUUUCUGGAAACAUCACAAACAUUUCGCUAUACAACGGUGAAAGCACAGAAUGCACCAUAAAAAUAACUAACACAAGCAACGUGCCGAUAGAAUAUCUUGAUUUGUCUAUUCAGUCAAACAUGGACAGUCAGCUACAAACGAAGGUUUUCCAAUGGUCCAACGAGGACAUACAGUCCCAAUUACCGAUAAACCCCAAUGAAGUCGCAACCAUUGUGAUGAAAUUGUAUGGAGAAGCAGAUUUCUUAGAUCUAGGCGGUGUGGGGGAGAACCUGUUUCCCAACAGCCUCACAUCCAACUACCCGUCCCGCGUGGGCUCUCCCGUACCAAAUGCACAGACGUCUUUGCCCACUCAUAGUUCGAAUCCCCACAAUUCUUUAAGCAGCGGUCUUAUUCGUACGUCGGGGAGUUUCAGGUCAUCUAAUUCCCAAGCCACCAGCUGGUCUGCGCCUAUAUCCAUAAUGCCGCCGUCAAGAGGGCGUCAAAUUGAAACUCAGAUAUUAAUACGAUAUUCAGGUGGAAUAGGAAAAGAAAUUCACUGCCGUCAGUCGACUCUGCAAAUGAAUCUUGAGCUAUUGCCGAGCGUAUCGAUCACGCACUGGGACGUGUUGCCGGCGGAAAUUCCAAGUCAACUAUAUCUGGUACUAGAUAUAACGAAUCUUACCAACGAAGAAAUGGACUUCCAUUACACUCCGACCAAACAUAUAUUGAUCGAAGGGAAAGAGUCCUGCAGAGUGCCCGUGCCUUUGGACAGGUGUCCUUUUACUGCUGCCACCAAUAAAACUGAUGAAGAAACACCCGAGCCAAAGUCAAUAAGCACUGGGAAUUCAACAAACAGUCUUGAACUAAUGUGUUCAGAACAUCUAACUAAGAAUGUUGAUUUGAAAUGGCAUCUAAUGCAGUCUAAUAUUACUGGUAAAGCAUCAGUCAAAGGCAUUACACUCUCACAAACUAUGAUGGAUAUUGUAAGGAUGUCGCCUCUCAAUUGGGAGGUGAGUGUGAAUAAACAAUGUAUAAAACCUCAAGAGGAAUACAAUUGUAUAGCCGGUGAAUGCCUCUCACUGGGGGUGGCAGUUUGGAACCACCUCACGAGGCCUUUACACAAGCUUUGCCUGUCUGUGCAAUUCUACCAAGACUAUAACAAUGGCGUUCUCAAUUAUAAACUCGAUAAUAGAGUGGCUACUGCCGGAAAUAAUAAGAUUGUACUAUCAACGUUACUGGAAUCGGCCAAAGCGUAUCAUGAGUGUACCGUUGUCUUUUUGACACCUGGUGAAUAUAAAAUCGACAUUCAGUGUUCAACCACGGAACCAAUAUUAGAUGAAAUACCAGUCAUUAAAGAUACAAGUCAACAAGUUCAAUCCUGUGCAGGAGAAGUUAAAAGCGAUUAUAAAACUGUCAAAUCGUCUACAGGUUUUAAUUUAAUACGUCGAAAUUUAAAGGAGAAUGUGGUGCCGUCAGUUUUCCCUUGGUCCAAGGUUUUAUCACCUUAUGCAGCUGCUAGGGAAAAAAGAAUACGACACAGAAACCUAACAAAGGAGCUUUUUCCACAAAUAAAAUCAGAUUGUAGUUAUAAUGAUACUGAAGUUCCAGAGACGUCGAACAAUUUUAAUUUCUCCAUUAUGUCGCACACACAUUGCGCUAUACAAGGAUGUAAAAUAUCAAUUUUUAAUAAACCAAUUGGGGUGUCCUUUCAUUCCUGUCCGACAUCAAAUGAAAUGAGGAACAGAUGGCUUCACGCUUUGAGAAAUAAAUGUGCCCUGCUUGAUUGGUCCAGGAGCCGAAUCUGUUCUAAGCACUUUGAACAUAAAUAUUUUGAUUCCCAAAGAAGACUUAAAGAUAAUGCUGUACCUACUUUGUUUCCAAUUAAUAAUAAAAUACAAAAAAAUGAGAACCCUCAAAAGUCUAAAAUUGACAGGCUUUUAAACAAGCUAACUCAGUCAGAACUUAUAGCUGAUAUAAAGAACAGUAUAAAAAGAGUUAAGGAACCAGCAAAUUUAGACAGCAUGGUAACUGAAGACCUGAAAAAUAAGAUAGAUGCCACCAAUGAAUCUCAACUAUGGCUUAUAAUAAAAAAACAAGAACACUUAAACUCUAGAUUGUUAGAUAAUGUUGUACAAAAUAAAAAACAUGUUGAUCUUUUACAAAAAAAUAUGGAACAGUCAAAAUCUUCAAAACAGGAUAUGGAUCAAAAUAUGGAAACUUAUAAAUAUAUAGUCAAGUGUCUUCAGGAAAAACUUGCAACAUUGGAAGAACAAAUUGAAAUAUUAACAGCAGUGGAAUCACGC